AUGUUACAAUCAGAACAACCUAUUGCGAAUAACACCAUUGGCUUUGACCUCAAGGCUUUCCCACAGUCAAUCAAGCAAUGGUUUUCGGACUUCGAUCGCAACCAGCUUCCUGGAACAUAUGGACAUCUCUUGAUGCUCAUGUUCGCCGACGAGAAGGAAUGCGUUGAACUGCAAGUGAUGAUGGGUCGAUUCAGCGGAUGGGACUUUUUGAAGGUUGAACGUGAACUGGUCACUCGUGUUGAUCAGACUCGAAACUUCCGAGCUCCUUGGGAUAAAUGGCCACUGCGAGAGAUGAGUCAAGUCUUGGUGAAGCCCUGCGUACUCUUUACUCUGCGCGAUCUGGUUGCUCCACUGAGAGAUCCAACCGAGCCAAAACAUAUUGUUUACUGGAUCCAGGACCGCAAGGAUCAGCCUGACAAUGUUCUCGAAGAAUGGAGGUGGUCGAAGGAUCUUAUUGUUAUUGACGACUUCAAGAAACGAAUCGUGGAGACGGAGUGGUACCGAGUGGACAACCCAUCGAUUUAUCACUCUUACCCCCAGUCGUGUGACGAAAACUGGGAACUUCAGAAGAGAUUAGGUAGACUUGAGUCGCGUCCUGAUGCCUGUAUAUGUACCAUGACGUGGGAUGAAUACAUUAUGGAUAGAUCUAAGUAUCCGAAGUGGGGGCCACCAUAUUACAAACGGGCAAGUUCUCUCGGAGGCUUGCAUGCCACGCUGCUCAGUGCCAUAAUGGGUGUUCAGGAACCUCCCAAAAUCCCUAUACCCACAGUUCAGGUAUCUGAAAACCUUGGCCACGACAUUGACAACGAGGUCAUUCGCACAGAAAACGGCCAAAUGCUCAAUAUGCUAGUACAACUAGCCGAAUGA